AUGGCUGGCGACUCUUCAGCGACACAGGAAGGCUUCCUACAGUAUCAUGAGCCAAAUAUCAUUCAAAUCCUCGUCCUUGUAUCUUUCUUCUUCUGGCUAUCCUUUGGCGAAUGGUUAUCUAACCGUGUCUUCCGGGCUGGACUCAUCGGACAGAUCAUCGUCGGUCUUAUCUACGGGCUUCCAAUUGGUGGUGACAUCAUACCAAUUCCAUGGCAGGAGGCCUUCAUCGCACUGGGAUACAUCGGUCUAGUCCUCAUCAUCUUCGAAGGUGCGCUCGCGGUCCGACUAGAUCUCCUCAAGGCCAACUUUGGGCUUUCUAUCAUUGCGGCUACUAUCGGUGUUGUUGCUCCAGUCGCCUUCACCUACAUACUUCUCUAUAUUGGAUUUGGAUAUGGGGCGGUUGAAACGUUCAUCGUUGGCGCAGCCCUUUCCGUUACUUCUCUCGGUACCACAUUCGUAGUGCUAGGGAAAACCUCCAAAGAUAUCAAUUUUUCCGAUACACGUGUUGGUACCGUUUUAAACAACACAGCCCCCAACCCCUCAGUGCCAAUUGCUAACAAAAGUGGCAGUGUAAUUGGACAACUGGGCGCUCUUGGAGGCGAAGACUCACCAAACCUUGGCUGGCUGAUCGGUCGACCAACCCUCGUCUCCGGUGUCCUCGCCAUACUCACCCCUGUCCUCAACAAAUGGAUCAUCGCACCUCUGUACCGCAAAUACGCUGAGCCACGUCUGCCAAAGACACGAAAGAGACAUGUGGUUAACGUCGUCAUCAUGAUCUUGGUGCUCUGCGCCUUCCUCAGCAUCACGGGUUUCGGUGGCACUUCGGUCUUGUAUGGCUCUUUCAUGGCUGGUGCUUCGCUCACGUACAUCCCUUCCAAGCACCCGACCGGCCCCUUUCAUCCCCCUUCACGCGAAGACGCAGAGGAAGCAGAAGCACGAUCUAUCGCCGAGACAGGGCACGAUGGCGGUGAGCCAGAGAUCUCUCCAACCUUCAUGCACACGUUCGAAAAGUACUUCUUGGAUGUAGUAAAGUACCUACUUCAACCCCUCUUCUUCGCAUCCAUCGGUUUUGCCAUCCCGUUCAUCGAUCUCUGGACCGCGGAAGCCAUCUGGAAAGGCCUCGUCUACACUAUCCUCAUGCUCAUCACAAAAGUGGUAGUAGGUCUCGUCAUCCCCGUUUCCACAAUCAUCAACCGCCCAGCUGGCGUGUCGAUCCGCCAAUGCAUCUCCGAGUCCUUCUGGCCCGCCAUGCUCCUUGGUUCCGCCAUGGUAGCGCGAGGGGAAAUUGGCCUUCUUGUCGUGCAGAUCGGUUUUAAUAACACGUCUUACUUGUCCAAGGAAGCCUUCAUCACGGCGGUCUGGGCCAUUAUGCUGAAUACUAUUCUUGGGCCUGUGUCGGUGGGCUUGAUCAUCAAGUACAAGGCGAGAAGUAUUGCUGAUGGCAUGUGGGGACUGGAUAAGGCCGAGAGGUCAGACAGCACGUGGGACGAUGGCAUUUCCCGUGCGAAUACUAUUAUUGAAACGCAGAGUGUGCAGGAGCAAAAGAAGGCUAAUGGGGAGCCCAUGCGGUCUCCAUCAGACGCUGUUACUUUGGAGGAGACUGCUUGA